CGACCUUGGGGACUGAGGCUUAAGUCCUUGGGCAGCCGUGGCCCUUCUCGGAUGGCUCUGGUGGUCUGGUCCCUGCCCCCUCUCGUGGCAUGGCUCGGGGGCAGGGGGAGGCUCCCCCAGUUUACUACUACUGGCUCAGUACCUUCUCGCCUGGAGACUCGGCCCCUCGCCCUGCGCCCCGCGUCUCCUGGGUGCCCCAGAGGCCCUUCUGCCCUCCUCCGUGUUCCUCUUCCCACCGCCUCCCAGGUUGGCGCCCCCGACUGUUGGGGCUGCGGCAGCAUCUGUCUCCGCCCCGGGGACCAGCACUUUCUUGAAUAUUCCUUCCUGGGGAGGAAUCACCCUGUGAGUUUUCCGAGCUCCUCUCCUACCUGGUCCUGCCUAAAAAGCUGAGGAGUACGCGAGGGUUUUCGGCCUCCACAGCAGCAGAUGGUUAGCGUGUGGCAAUGGAGAGCCGUUUUUAAAGCUUAUAGCUGACGGGGAAGCGCUCGGGCAUUUUUAUCCUGCCGAAGAGUCGUGGGGUCUGGGAAGAGGACCUACUCGCGGAAGUUCAGGCUUUACUCAUCUGUUGCGCGGAGCGGUGCUGCCGGAGCAGCUGGAGGUGUGCGAUCCUGUAAAAGUAAGCCUCUGAAGAUGAUCUGGUGUAUUUUAGUUGUAGGGUUUCUACUUCCCCAGUCUUUGGCUGAUCCAGGCUUUUUUACUUCAAUUGGUCAGAUGACUGAUUUGAUCCGUACUGAAAAAGAUUUGGUGACUUCCCUGAAAGACUAUAUUAAGGCAGAAGAGGACAAAUUAGAACAAAUAAAAAAAUGGGCAGAGAAGUUAGAUCAGUUAACCAGCACAGCAACAAAAGAUCCAGAAGGAUUUGUUGGACACCCUGUAAAUGCAUUUAAGUUAAUGAAACGUCUGAACACUGAGUGGAGUGAGUUGGAGAAUCUGGUCCUUAAGGAUAUGUCGGAUGGUUUUAUCUCUAACCUAACCAUUCAGAGACAGUACUUCCCUAAUGAUGAAGAUCAGGUUGGGGCAGCCAAAGCUCUGUUGCGUCUCCAGGAUACCUACAAUUUGGAUACAGAUACCAUUUCAAAGGGUGAUCUUCCAGGAGUAAAACACAAAUCGUUUCUAACAGUUGAGGACUGUUUUGAGUUGGGCAAAGUGGCCUACACAGAAGCAGAUUAUUACCAUACAGAACUGUGGAUGGAACAAGCACUAAGGCAGCUGGAUGAAGGCGAGGUUUCUACAAUUGAUAAAGUCUCUGUUCUAGAUUAUUUGAGCUAUGCGGUGUACCAGCAGGGAGACCUGGAUAAGGCACUUUUGCUCACAAAGAAGCUUCUUGAACUAGAUCCUGAACAUCAGAGAGCUAAUGGUAACUUAAAAUAUUUUGAGUAUAUAAUGGCUAAAGAAAAAGAUGCCAAUAAGUCUGCUUCAGAUGACCAAUCUGAUCAGAAAACCACACUGAAGAAAAAAGGGGUUGCUGCGGAUUACCUGCCAGAGAGACAGAAGUACGAAAUGCUGUGCCGUGGGGAGGGUAUCAAAAUGACUCCUCGGAGACAGAAAAAACUCUUUUGCCGUUACCAUGAUGGAAACCGGAAUCCUAAAUUUAUUCUGGCUCCAGCCAAACAGGAGGAUGAGUGGGACAAGCCUCGUAUUAUUCGCUUCCAUGAUAUUAUUUCUGAUGCAGAAAUUGAAAUUGUUAAAGAUCUAGCAAAACCAAGGCUGAGGCGAGCCACCAUUUCAAACCCAAUAACAGGAGACUUGGAGACGGUACAUUACAGAAUUAGCAAAAGUGCCUGGCUCUCUGGCUAUGAAAACCCUGUGGUGUCUCGAAUUAAUAUGAGAAUACAAGAUCUAACAGGACUAGAUGUCUCCACAGCAGAGGAAUUACAGGUAGCUAAUUAUGGAGUUGGAGGACAGUAUGAACCCCAUUUUGAUUUUGCACGGAAAGAUGAGCCAGAUGCUUUCAAAGAGCUGGGGACAGGAAAUAGAAUUGCUACAUGGCUGUUUUAUAUGAGUGAUGUGUCAGCAGGAGGAGCCACUGUUUUUCCUGAAGUAGGAGCUAGUGUUUGGCCCAAAAAGGGAACUGCUGUUUUCUGGUAUAAUCUGUUUGCCAGUGGAGAAGGAGAUUAUAGUACACGGCAUGCAGCCUGUCCAGUGCUGGUUGGAAACAAAUGGGUAUCCAAUAAAUGGCUCCAUGAACGUGGACAGGAGUUUCGAAGACCAUGCACCUUGUCGGAAUUGGAAUGACAAACAGACUUCCCUUUCUCUCCUGUUGUACUCUAAUGUGUCUGAUACACACAUUUCCCAGUCUUAACUUUGAAGAGUUUACAAUUGACUAACACUCCAUGAUUGAUUCAGUCAUGAACCUCAUCCCAUGUUUCAUCUGUGGACAAUCGCUAACUUUGUGGUUUUUUUUUUUUUUUCUUUUAAAA